AUAAAUUUGGGAGAUUGAAGGUAGAUAAGAGGGAGCGGGGAGAGAUUUUUGGGAGAGAAACCGAAGGCGAAGCGUAGUAGCAGAGAUUUCCUCGGCUCGAUUCUAGGGUUCGAGUUUAAGGAGAGGGCAUGCGAACGCGCCGCGCUUAAGAGGGAACUCGGAACAUUUGUUGGAAAUUUCUGGUUCUGUUCACGGCGCAGUGAAUCUAUGGGUUCAGGGGAGUCAGAUGUGGCGGAAGGAGACGGAGGCGGUGGUGGGGAUAAAGAGGUGGCUACAGCUUGCUCGAUCUGCCUUGAGGUGGUCAUGACCGGCGGAGGGAGGUCCACGGUCAAGUUGCAGUGCGCUCACGAGUUUCAUCUCGAUUGCAUAGGUUCAGCCUUCAAUUCUAAAGGAAUGAUGCAAUGCCCAAAUUGUCGCAAUGUUGAGAAAGGCAACUGGCUUUAUGGAAAUGGCUAUUGCUUUUUGCCAUCAUUUAACAUGGAUGAAUGGACUCAUGAUGAUGAACUUUAUGAUCUUAAUUUUUUGGAAAUGCCUUAUAGAGUUCGCUGGUGUCCAGUUAGUAGAGUAGGAAGGGUUACAUCAUCAUUCGAGAAUGGUGAGUCGUUUCCAUCAGUACCUUUUCAGAAUCUUGUAGGACAUCAUGUUAUUACCGAGUUACCCUCUAUUUCAGUGUUUGCUCACCCGUGUCCCCAUUUAUCUGGUUUCCACCAAGUUCAACCGACAUCUGUUCCUACUUUCCAUGCUUCCUCCGACGGCAUUACUGACACUAGUUCAUAUUAUCAUCAAUGGAGCCAAGUUUCAGACUCCACUGAGGCUGCUCCUCUUAGCUUGCCUAUGAGUGAUGCCCGUUACCAUGGUCCCUGGGACCGAUAUCAAUCAGCAUACUCCCAUCCGAGAGAUAUUGCUACAGCUUCCAUCCAGGCUCCAGUUUCUCAUGUAGCACCACGCAGUACAAGGCUAGAGGAUGGUGGUCUACAUAGAGCUGGUUCUCUUUUCUAUUCCGUUAUUGGAAGGCAUGGCUCCCAAACUGCACCUGGUCUUCCACAUCUUAGCACCAGCACCCGAGCUCCUUCGCAAACACCGGAACUCCAUCGACAAGCAAACAUAUCCGCCGAUCCAUGGCGAUCAGGAAACUCUACAGAUCUACCCUUCGCCGGCCGAUCACAUUGGCCUCCCUCAAAUCAAUUCGGCUUGUACAUGUACCCUCUCCCAGUUUCAUUUAACAGCAGCGUAGGAGAUAUGCUGAACACUGGAGCCCAGUUCCGAAGAUCAGGAGUUCAAUUCAUGCCAUUUACAUCUACAUCACAUACAACAGGUUCAAUGGAAUCUGGCAACUGGACCCAUUUUCGACGCAGAAAUUCUUCUUCUGAAAGGCAAAUAGCUCAGGCAAGAACUGAGAACCCACCACCUUAUGCUCCAAAUCGAGCGAGGCCUUAUAUUUGAAAGCCUGAUUUGCAAGUGACCCUUUUAGCAGCUAAUUUUUUUGCUUGUUUUGUAAAUUUAAAUCACAUUUGUAUGUGAAGAGGGGCUAGCUGAAACUUAAAAUAAUCAUUUCUUGGUGAUCCAAAAAAAAAUUUUCCAUGUUUUUUUAUUUUUUGCAAUGAAAAUUGAUCCUGAGCCCUUGCGUUUUUUUU